AUGUUCAAGGUAAUUCAGAAAUCUGUGGGGCCAGCCAGCCUGGGUUUGCUCACCUUCAGAGUCUAUGCAUCACCUAAAAAGGACUCACCUCACAAAACUUCCGUGAAGGUUAAUGAGCUUUCACUCUACUCCGUCCCUGAGGGUCAAUCUAAAUAUGUGGAGGAGCCAAGGACCCCACUUGAAGAAAGCAUUUCACAUCUCCGACGUUACUGCGAGCCUUAUACAAGUUGGUGUCAGGAAAUGUACUCACAAACUAAGUCCAGGAUGCAGAACUUGGUUCAAUGGGGGUUAGGCAGCUAUGAAUAUCUCCAAGAUGCACCUCCUGGAUUUUUUCCAAGACUUGGUGUUAUUGGUUUUGCUGGCAUUGUUGGACUUCUUUUGGCUAGAGGUUCAAAAAUAAAGAAGCUGGUGUAUCCACCUAGAUUCAUGGGACUUGCUGCCUCUCUUUAUUAUCUACAACAAGCCAUCGUAUUUGUCCAGGUCAGUGGGGAGAAAUUAUUUGACUGGGGUUUAUGA